AUGGAAAAACUAUUCAGAAACCAGAAGUUGAAUGCUUGUGUAAGAAUCAUUAAGAAAGGUGAGGAUGUACUGUUUUACGCAAAAGAUGUGGCGAGGUCUCUCGGGUACCUGGACACAAAGAAGGCAGUCAAAAGUCAUGUUUGGAAAGAGGACAAGUGUACUCUAGGGUCCACCCGAAAGGGUGUCCUCAAGGACACCCUUUCAAAGGGUCAUCCUGACACCAUCCUAAUUACGGAACAGGGUCUGUACCAGUUAAUUUUCGGAUCAGAGCUUAACACAGCAAAGGAGUUUAGGAGGUGGGUAUUCACCGAAGUCCUUCCAUCUAUCCGUAAAACAGGCUCAUAUGAGUUACUAGAUAGAAGGUCACUCAGAUACAACCAAAUGAUUAUUAUAAAUGAAACUGACCUUCAUACUACAGUUGUGAGUUACAUCAGAGAUAACUACCCGGAGGCUGUAAUAGUACCUGGUCUAGGUGAGUACCAGGACACGGUGUCAAGAAGAUGUGAUGCUUGGAAGAAGGGAUAUAAGGGUGGUCAACCGGAUAUUAUCAUAGAGAAUCCUAUGGGGAAGUACAAAGGGUUCGCGAUAGAAUUCAAGUCUCCCAAGGGCACCGGAGUUAUAAGUGAGAAUCAGGAUAUAUGGCUUAGAAAACUGAGUGGAAUAGGAUACAUGACAAUGAUAUCCGAUGAUCUAGUGAAAACUUGUAUUAGAAUUAACGAGUACUUCUCACUUAAGAAAACCGCAAGAAAAGUUGCAGUGAAAAAAGUAGUUUGCAACACAAAGACUUACAGACCAAGAUUCAAAUCAGGUAAGUACUAGCUGAGCUAGCAGCGUAUACUAACGUAGUCGUUACUAAGUAGACCAGAGUUACCUCACCAGCAUAUUCAAGUUACCUCACCAGUUAUCUCACAAGUAGAUUUGAGACAUCUCACAAGUAUAUUUAAGUUACCUCACCAGUUAUCUCACAAGUAGAUUUGAGACAUCUCACAAGUAUAUUUAAGGGGCCGAUUACAUGGAGCAUUUUCAACCCCGGGGUUGAACUCAGCCCUGUUUACCGGGUUGAAAUUUCAGCCCUGUCUGUAAUACAAAACUCUAUCAAAAUCAAACGCGCGAUUACAUGACAAAAUUUUCAACCCAGGGCAGAGUUCAACCCCGGGGUUGAACUCAGCCCUGGGUUGAAAAUUUUGUCAUGUAAUCGUUUCAACCUAGGGCUGAAAUUAUCAUGACUUAUUCGAGCAUACGUGGUAGUGACUAUUUAUUACAAGAAAACAAAAUAAAGGGGUUGAAAUCGUCCAUGCAAUCGCAAAAAAUUUCAACCCGGUUAACAGGGCUGAGUUCAACCCCGGGGUUGAAAAUGCUCCAUGUAAUCGGCCCCUAAGUUAUCUCACCAGUUAUCUCACCAGUAGAUUUAAGUUAUCUUACAAGUAGAUUUGAGAUAUCUUGCAAGCAAAUUUAAGUUAUCUCACCAGUAAAACCUAAGAUAUCUCAUAAGAUGAAACCCAGUUAAACCUAAGGUAUCUUACAAGUAUUAUGGAAGAUAAACCCGAGCAAAUCCAAGCACAAGUAACAAGUGAGAAGAAGAAGGACCCAAAGAGAGUAGCCGCUGGGAAAAGGUUAGCCGCAAUCAGCAAAAUAGCAAAGGAGAGGAAAAGGAAGCUUGUGGAACCUAAGGAGUCACACAGCAGUGAUAAUAUAAUUACAUACGUGGGUGUUGUGAUCGCUCUUAUAUCCCUAGUGCUAGCAUUCAAGUCACACCAGAGGGAAACCAAAGAAGACGAACCCAAACACGCAACUGAGACUGUUGAAGUAACUAGGAAAGCUGAUGUACCCAAGUUAGACUCACUCGAAUAGUACAUUAAACAUAUUAUAUAUUAUAACAAGAUGAGUGAAAAAUCAAAGAUGACGAAGGAAGUGUACAACGCAGUGUUACUCACAGCUGGAGCAGUUGGAAUCUCAAUGGCAUCUAAGAAGUUACUUAAGGAGCCUCUAGUCACACCAGAAAAUGUAAAAGGAAUGGCAAAGUUAGCUGUCUCAGUUAGUCUUUCAUCUUUAUUGGUAUCUUACCUAAAAGAUAAUAAGUACCUUCCAGAUGACCCAUUCAAAACCUAG